AUGAAAUUCCUCUGUCACAUCGCUGCUGUUUUCGCAGUCUUCUAUCUCACCGUGGUAGACCAGGUCUUCAGUGUUGCAGCAGCUGUUCAGGUCCCCCUGUCACUCUCAGGCAGCACUCUCAUUCUCGGCGGCGUCUCAUACUUUGUCCCCCCAUCUCCAGUGUCCAAGUUUGAAGCAGACGGUCUGACCGAGAGAAUAACAAAGAAGCUCGGACGAAAUCUUAUUCCGUUUUCGAUUCUUCCCACUUCAUUGGUCCACUUCGACGAGAAUGCCUUCGCAGAGACUUUGUCUGGAUGGGCGACACAAGAUGACGUUUGGAGCAUGCCAUUUCUGACUGGGGUUUAUAUCACUUUCAAUGGGUCUCAUUCUUCUCCUUCCAUCUCUUCCGGAGUGAUUGCUGCCCAGGAGAAGUACGGGGUUGACUUCAUACUUUAUUCCACGAGAUAUGCUGGUGGGCUUGACCCAUCUCAACCUCUUCCUUCAGGCCCAUAUUUCCUGGAGCCGUUAACUGGAAAUAUAUACGAAGCGUACCGCCUCUACAACGACGAGCAGCAGUCCUUCUUGUAUGGCACUGUGCCUGACAAGAAUGGUAGUUUCCAGGUUCUGCCUGCCAAAAUUCCCGGCGCGGCGACUGAAACGAUCGCUGUCCCAUCUCGUCUCUACUUUUCACCGACAGCCGAAAAGCCAUUUGCAGGUUUCCGUCUGGCGGUGAAAGAUAUCUACGAUGUUCAAGGUCUACGCACCGGUUGCGGAAAUCGUGCCUACUUCAACCUCUACCCACCGAAGAAUCGGACAGCUCCUGCGUUGCAGCGACUCCUCGACGCCGGUAUAGUCCUUGUUGGAAAGGCAAAGACAUCGCAAUUCGCCAACGGCGAGGUGGCAACGGACGAUUGGGUCGAUCUCCAUGCACCAUACAAUCCUCGGGGCGACGGCUAUCAAGAUGGCAGCAGCUCGUCCACUGGGCCAGGCACCAGUAUGGCUGCGUAUCCUUGGCUUGACUUCGCCAUCGGGAGCGAUACCGGAGGCUCAAUGAGAGGGCCUGCGGGUGCAAACGGCCUGUAUGGAAACCGACCGUCGCACGGUGCAGUGUCUACGGACGAUGUGAUGCCGCUCUCACCAGAACUAGACACGCUCGGAAUCUUCUCCCGUGAUGCGAAGUCAUGGGCGGCGGUGGGACAUUGGUGGUAUGAGAACUUUACCUCUUACUCCCAGUAUCCUCAGACUAUCCUUUUUCCGGUUGACGCUUUCGGUGGUAGCUAUCUCAGUCAACCCCCUGCAGCGGGUACCACCGCGGCAACGUUCAACACCUUCAUCGGCAAGCUCGAGAAGUUUUUAGGCACUCAGCGCACCGAGAUGAACCUUACAGCCCUGUGGACCGAAACUAAGCCAUCGAACAUUUCUGCAUCACUUCGUGAAAUGCUGAACACCACCUAUCCAAUCCUCAUUGCGAGUGAUCAGACCUCACUGCUGGCUGAUCCAUUCUUGGCUGAUUACGCUGCUGCCAAUGGCGGCCGUAAACCCUUUAUUGAUCCAGCACCCUUGACACGAUGGGAGUAUGGCUGGUCGCUGCCCGCUGAGGCCCACGACGAGGCGGUUGUGAACAAGACCGUCUUCAUGAGCUGGUUCACGAAUGAGGUGGUGAAAGGUGGGAAUUCGGACACAUGUUCCGAUAGCGUAUUUCUCUACCCCCAAAGCUCUGGAGCUACCAACUACCGCAACGCAUACUCUGGGCCGCCCAGUACGCCGUUUGGCUUCUCAUCUGGCCGCAUCGCUGUGUUAGCAGAAACACCGGAUAUGGUUGUCCCAAUUGGCGAGGCCCCGUACAACUCAACGAUCACAGGCCAGACAGAAUACCUUCCUGUAACGCUGAGCUUUAUCAGUGCCAAAAAUUGCGAUUUGAUGUUGUUCAACUUGUUCGCGGCUCUUCAGGACGCCGGAGUCCUCAACCCAGUACUUACGGGUUCUAGGUUAUUCGUGGAGGCUGCCAUAGAGGAAUGA